AUGAGCUUGAUUUUAAAGCAUCAUCUAAUAUUACCAAAUUUCAAACUUAAUGAGACAAUACCUUUCAAAAAUUAAAAAUCCAACUCAAUAACAACUUUGAGAUCAGUAUAAAAAACUUAGGCAACUUAAAAAAAGAGUCUUGAUAAACAUUAACCAACUGUAGAAAUAUAAGCAAAUAAAACUGAUUUUACUUUUCCAGUUAUUAACAAAACAUCUCAAAAAGAAAAAACUUAUAAACCUAACUUAACUAUUAGAACAGCCUACACUGAUGAUAAAACAAUAAAAGAUUACUUGGAUCAUUUGAACACUUUAAGAUCUUAGAAAAAUACUUAAAAACAAAAUAAAUUUAAGAAAGUCAGAACUGAAACUGAAAUCGUAUAAUAUGGUGAUAUUAAGUUUAAAAAAGUAAAAGAAAACUCCAUAAAAAAAUCUGUUGCCUUAGUAUCAAACAUCAAGAAUCCUUAAUCUCAUACUUAUAUCAAAUUUAGUGAGCAAAUUUAUGCACUUAUUUUUAGUUUGGAAAAUUUGAAGGUAAUAUUUUGAUAUUUAUUAAAGAAAUAUAUUAACAAUGAAAGAAAAUUAUUUUAAGUAAUUAAGUAACUUAUUGGAUUAAAAAAAAAUCUAAAAAAAGUUAUACUAAAGCCAAAUGGGGAAGAAUUGGUAGAAAUCUAAGAUAUUAGCAAAUUAUGUUGCGUAAGAGAGAUUUAAUAUAUAAAUGGAGAAUAAAAAAUUGUGGACAAAUUUGAUUUAUCACUUUAUGAUGAUAUGGUUUAUUUGACAGACACAAUAGACAAUCUUUUAUUGUCAAAUGAAAUUCAUUCAAUUAAUAGAAUUAGCGACAAUGUAAUUAUUGAUUGAAUUUAAUAUAGAUCUAAAAGGAAUCAGAACAGAUUCUUAAAAUUUAGCAUUCUAUGAAUAUGCCUAAUGAAGAAUAAAAAUUAUCAGCUCAAACAUUGUCGAUGCAAAGGUUUAAAAUUCACGAUGAAAUUGAAACUAUUGAGUAAAAAUUAGGGCCUUUAUAGUUGAUAUCAAGGAAAAUAAGAUAAACUUCAAUGGUGUUGAGUAGAGUUAUAGGCAGUUUAAAUGAAUGA